AUGUACCGGGUUUAUCCCCCAUGGUUAUCGGUCCUACUUGUUUUGUUCGCUCUGGUUGGGCUUCUGAGUAACAUCGUAGUGAUUGUCACCAUCUUCAAGUCCAGAUUCCUCCACGAUGUCACUCAUUACCUCAUCCUGAAUCUGGCCGUCUCCGACGGUCUCUGCUGCUUCAUGUUUGGCCUGGAGAUGUUCAUGGAUCUACUCAAUUACCCCAACAACCGCACUGGUCCAAUCGCUGAAAUACUCUACUGCCGGCUCGUCCACGGUAACUACUUAUUUCAGUCCUUCGCCUACGUUUCAGCUUACAAUCUUGUCACCAUAUCUCUCGAGCGAUAUGUAGGCAUCGUCAAACCGCUACGAUAUGUCAAAGUCUGUCACAAAAGUAACAUCAGAUGCGCUGUAUGCUUAGCAUGGAUGCUGGGCUUCUGUGCCUACACUGUCCACCUUUUCGGUCUCAUCUACGACCCAUCUGAAGCAACUUUUGCAAAGAGAUGUCGACUUUUCCACGACUGGCAAUGGCAUUUUGUGCCAUUCGUGGGUGGUUUCGUCAUCCCUCUGCUAACAAUGAUGUGGGCUUACUCUCGUAUUGUCAAAGCGCUGAAAGAAAGCGCCCUCAGGCAACAAGUCUCGCACCAAGCCAGAGCAACGCAAGAGGCAACCAAGCGCGUGGUUCACAUGAUGCUGCUCGUCACCGUAGCGUACGUGAUCCUCUACAUCCCGACCCAACCAGCCUACAUGAUCAUCGUCAGCAUCAAACUAGGACACUUCGAACUGACGCCCCUAGGAAUUCUCCUGACGGACCUCAUCAGUAAACUCCCCGUCUUGCUCAACUCUUUCAUCAAUCCCUUCAUCUACGCGUUCAAAUAUAAAAAGUUCCGCAAGGGGCUACGCGAGAUUCUGUGCGGACGACAAAGAAACGGUCUAGUGCAUGCAGGGGGUAAGAAAAGUGAACAAUCUAUCCACACUGUGGAUAUUUAA